UAGGGGAAAUAUGUACAUAGAAUUUUAGUAUUUUCAGUAUAAAAUGAAAGGGGUGGGUCUUUCGUACAUCACCUGGGUACUGGGGUAAAUGGAAAGAACGUCAAUCAAAGGCUGAGCUUUCAGAGCAGGGAAGGAGCCCUAGAUGGCGGCUGAGCCUUGGCGAGGAGAGCGCAUUGAGAGUCGCUGGGCUUUCUCGGGCACUUUCCCGUAACUUUUAAAAACUUUCAGACUGUCGCGAGGGCCAAUGAACUAAAAUAUAGACUGCGUACGAUUCAUUUAAUGUAAAAAUUAAAGCCGUUUUUGUGUUUAAUUCACGCUUUCGUCGAGAGGAGUGUUACAGUGCUGUCUAUGCGCGAGUCGUUGUUUUCCCUGCCUAGCGCUAGGCAGCCAUGGCGCACCUCCAUUUUUAGUCCGCUCUGCUAACGUGCUUCUCUUGACUGCUAUUUCAUUAUACACGGCGGGUAUUUCUUACUAAAUUUGAUUUCUAAAUUAAACGAAUUUAUCCGUAUAUAUUUUAAACGAGAUAUUUUCUUUUUGAAAUCGCGAAACGGAAUAAAUACUUGUUUGCCAGACUGGAAAGCAAGACUAUUCUACCUGUCUCUACAUGGAAUCGUAAAUACCGGGACUACAGAGCACCACAAAUAAAAAAAAAACUUUUCAGGAUUAAACGAUGAUGAAGAAUAAGAACAAAAAACAAGAGGAUGACGGCUCGACCCAAAGCAAUGCAUCAAGCAAUUCGGCUUCAGAGGAAUCCAACCAUUCCGCCUCGGACUCUGGGAGCCAAUCAGAGAGCGAGCAGGGCAGCGAGCGGGGACGAUCCCAUCAUUCCGAGUCUAACAGCACCUCAGAGUCAGAGAGCCACUCCGAGUCUGAGAGCGAGUCCACCGGGUCCAAGUCCCAGCAUGCCGCAGUGGAAGUCAAGGAUAAGCCCGUGAAAAAGAAGGAUAAUCUAGCGGACGUUAAGAAGAUGUGGGAGGAACAUCCAGAUGUGUACGGUGUGAGGCGGUCGAACCGUAGCAGACAGGAACCAGCACGGCUGAACAUCGGUGCAGAGGGUAGCAGUGAAUCAGAAAGUGAGGGUCCAAAAAGGAAAGGACUCCGUCAGAAGAAGAAAGAAAAUACCUGGAAAGAUGACUCAAAUGACGACGAAGAGGAGGAGGAGGAUGAGGAUGAGGAUGAAGCCAGCAGUUCAGACAGUGAGCAGGAAGAGAAAAAAGUUAGAUCCAGACGACUCCCAGCUCGAAGACCACAGACCAAAACAGCUGCGGUCAAAAAGCAGCAAUCACAAAAGACCAAGAAACCUAGGAAGCAGGAGUCGUCUGAUGAUGAGGAGGAGGAGGAAGAUGAUGACGAUGAUGAAGACACUCCAAAGAGACAAACACGGCGGAGAGCAGCUACAAAAGUCAGUUAUAAGGAAGAUCAGAACGACUUUGAGACGGACUCCGACGACCUCAUCGAGAUGGCGGGGGAUGGGGCGGAGGAGCAGCAGGACGAUGACAGCGAAACCAUUGAGAAGGUCAUGGACACCAGAACAGGCAAAAAAGGAGCCACAGGAGCUGCCACCACGCUGUAUGCUGUGGAGGCCAACGGAGACCCGGGCGCAGACUUCGACCCUGAGAAGGACGAGGGCGAGACCCAGUACCUGAUCAAGUGGAAGGGCUGGUCCUACAUCCACAACACCUGGGAGAGCAUGGAGUCCCUGACCCAGCAGAAGGUCAAGGGCCUGAAGAAGCUGGAGAACUUCAAGAAGAAGAACGAGGAGCUCAACGCUUGGUUGGCGAAGGCGUCCCCUGAGGAUUUGGAGUACUACAACUGCCAACAGGAGCUGAACUCUGACCUCAACAAGCAGUUUCAGAUUGUUGAGAGAGUCAUAGCAACAAAGACCGGGAAGAGCCAGGGUUCCUCUGAUUUCCCUUCGCACAGUCACAAGACGCCGUCGUCUUCCAACGAGCCGGAGUACCUGUGUAAGUGGAUGGGUCUGCCCUAUGCCGAGUGUAGCUGGGAGGAUGGAGCUCUCAUUGGAAAGAAGUUUCAGCACUGCAUAGACAGCUUCAACAGCAGGAACUCCAGCAAAACCAUCCCUUCCAAAGACUGCAAAGUGCUGAAACAGAGGCCAAGGUUUGUCACCUUGAAGAAACAGCCAUUGUACAUUGGGGGAGAGAAUCUGGAACUCCGAGAUUACCAGCUGGCAGGCUUGAACUGGCUCGCCCAUUCCUGGUGCAGGUGUAACAGCGUGAUCCUGGCCGACGAGAUGGGCCUUGGUAAGACCAUCCAGACCAUCUCUUUCCUGUCCUACCUGUUCCAUCAGCACCAGCUCUACGGCCCCUUCCUGCUGGUGGUGCCCCUGUCCACACUCACCUCCUGGCAGCGCGAGUUUGACACCUGGGCCCCGGACAUGAAUGUGGUGGUCUACCUGGGGGAUGUCCUAAGCAGGCAGACGAUCCGUGACUACGAGUGGGUCAACCAGCAGACGAAGAGAAUAAGAUUCAAUGCACUUUUGACCACAUAUGAAAUUCUACUGAAAGACAAGGGGGUUCUGGGAAACAUAAACUGGGCCUUCCUGGGAGUUGAUGAGGCCCACAGACUGAAGAAUGAUGACUCUCUGCUGUACAAAACGCUGAUGGACUUCAGGUCCAACCACAGGCUGCUGAUCACCGGGACCCCGCUGCAGAACUCCCUAAAGGAGCUGUGGUCCCUGCUUCACUUCCUCAUGCCUGACAAGUUUGAGUCCUGGGAGGAUUUUGAGGAGGAGCAUGGCAAAGGGAGGGAGAACGGCUAUCAGAGCCUGCACAAAGUCCUGGAGCCCUUUCUGCUGCGGAGAGUGAAGAAGGACGUGGAGAAGUCCCUCCCGGCCAAAGUGGAGCAGAUCCUGCGGGUGGACAUGACGGCCCAGCAGAAGCAGUUCUACAAAUGGAUCCUGACCCGGAACUACAGAGCCCUCUCCAAGGGCACGCGCGGGAGCUCCUCCGGCUUCCUCAACAUCGUCAUGGAGCUGAAGAAGUGCUGCAACCACGGCUUCCUCAUCAAGCAGUCUGAAGAAUGCGACAAUGCCACCCAGCAGGAGCGCCUCCAGGGCUUGGUGAGGGGCAGUGGUAAGCUUGUUCUCCUGGAUAAGCUGCUGACCAGGCUGAGAGAGAGGGGGAACCGUGUCCUCAUCUUCUCCCAAAUGGUCCGAAUGUUGGAUAUCCUGGCGGAGUACCUGGCUCUCAAACGCUGCCCUUUUCAGCGCUUGGACGGUUCGAUAAAGGGAGAGAUCAGAAAACAAGCACUUGACCACUUUAAUGCUGAGGGCUCUGAGGACUUCUGUUUCCUGUUGUCCACCCGAGCCGGCGGCCUGGGCAUCAACCUGGCCUCUGCAGACACGGUGGUCAUCUUCGAUUCAGACUGGAACCCACAGAACGACCUGCAGGCGCAGGCCAGGGCGCACAGGAUAGGCCAGAAGAAACAGGUAAAUAUUUAUCGUCUUGUCACCAAGGGAACGGUUGAGGAGGACAUCAUCGAAAGAGCAAAGAAGAAGAUGGUGUUAGACCAUCUGGUCAUUCAGAGAAUGGACACGACCGGACGGACUGUACUGGACAACAACUCAGGAACUUCAAACUCAAAUCCAUUCAACAAGGAGGAGCUAACGGCCAUUUUAAAGUUCGGAGCUGAGGACCUUUUCAAGGAGCCUGAAGGGGAGGAGUCAGAACCACAGGAGAUGGACAUCGAUGAGAUCUUGCGCCUGGCCGAAACCAGGGAGAGUGACCAGGGUUCGAGUGCCACAGACGAACUGCUCUCCCAGUUUAAGGUGGCCAACUUCUCCACCAUGGAUGAGAGCACCCCUGAGCUGGAGGCCCCGCCCGUGCGCGACUGGGAUGACAUCAUCCCGGAGGACCAGCGGAGGAAGCUGGAGGAGGAGGAGAAGCAGAAGGAGAUGGAGGACAUCUACAUGCUUCCCAGGAGCAGGAGCUCCAACAAGAAGGCUCAGGCUAAUGACAGCGACAGCGACGUGGGCUCCAAGCUGAAAAACAGGUCUUCGGGAUCGGACAGCGAGACGGACGACAGCGAGGAUGACAAAAGGCCGAAGAGGCGGGGGAGACCGCGAGCUCGCAAGAACAACGUGGAGGGCUUCACGGACCCCGAGAUCCGCAGGUUCAUCAAGGCUUAUAAGAAGUUUGGAGCUCCUCUAGAAAGGCUCGAGGCCAUCGCUCGCGAUGCGGAGCUGGUGGACAAGUCGGUUGCUGACCUGAAGCGGCUGGGAGAGCUGGUCCACAGCAGCUGCGUGACUGCAGUCCAGGAGCAUGAGGAGCACAUUAAGGAGAACCCCAGCGAGGCAAAAGGGCCAGGGAAGCGCAGAGGCAUCAACAUCAAGAUCUCUGGGGUUCAGGUCAACGCCAAGUCCAUUGUUCAGCACGAGGAGGAGUUUGAGCCCCUGCACAAAGCUAUUCCCUCCAAUCCUGCAGAGAGGACCAAGGGUUUCCAGCUGACCUGUCGGGUGAAGAUGCCACACUUUGACGUGGACUGGGAUGUGGAGGACGACACCAGGCUCCUGCUGGGGAUUUACGAGCAUGGCUAUGGCAACUGGGAUCUGAUCAAAACCGACCCAGAUCUCAAGCUCUCCACUAAGAUUCUUCCAGACGACCCGGACAAGAAGCCACAGGCUAAACAGCUGCAGUCGAGAGCAGACUACCUCCUCAAGCUGCUGAAGAAAGAGCUGGAGAGCAAAGAUGUCCCUAAACCGGGGGACGAGACCAAAGUGAAGAAGAGGAAGCCGCGCGUGAAGAAGGAGAACAAGGCUCCCAAAGACGAGCAGGGUAACGAUAUGGCCUCCCCGCGGCUCUCGGACGUCCCGUCGGAGGAAGGAGAGGUCAAGGAUGACGGCGCGGAGAAGAGCCCCAGCAAAAAGAGACAGAAGACAAAGGACAACAAAGAGAACAAGGAAAAACAGGGAACUCCGAAGAAAGAGAAGGAAGGAGACAAAGAGAAAAAGCGUUCCAAGCCAAAGAAGGAGAAGACCAAAGCAGGGUCCAGAGGUAAGAAGCAGCAGGGCCCAGUCCACAUCACCGCAGGGAGUGAACCUGUUCCCAUCGGAGAUGAGGAUGACGAGCUGGACCAGGAGACCUUCAGCAUUUGCAAGGAGAGGAUGCGGCCGGUGAAGAAGGCCCUGAAGCAGCUGGACAAGCCGGACGAGGGCCUGUCGGUCCAGGAGCAGCUGCAGCACACACGUACCUGCCUGCUGAAGAUUGGGGACCGCAUCACAGAGUGCCUCAAAGCCUACAGCGACCCAGAGUACGUCAAGACCUGGCGCCGAAACCUCUGGAUUUUCGUGUCCAAGUUCACCGAGUUUGGUGCCAGGAAACUACACAAGCUAUAUAAAAUGGCCCAGAAGAAGAGGUCGCAGGAGGAAGAGAAAGAACAGAAGAAGAAGGAGGACUCAUCCAGCAGGAAGAAGCCCUUCAGGCCGGAGCCGUCUGCCUCCAGCCGAGACUCCAUGGGCGCCCAGCCGUCCCAAAAGUCCCACCCACCUCUGUCUCACCCACCCCAGGCGCCCACCCAUGUGCACCACAGAGAGCCCUACAACCAGCCCAAUAAGCGGCACUUCGGGGGUGACGACCGAGGAGAGUGGCAGAGAGAUCGGAAGUAUAACUACCCCGGAAACAGCAAUCAGUCAUGGCAGGGGGAACGCCAUCACCCGUACGAUCAGCAUCGCUACAAGGAUCACCAUUACAGCGAUCGCCGGCCACAUGGCGACCCCUACCGGAGCUCCGGAAACUACCGCAUGGGCGGGUCCCCCCGCAAGAGGCCGUAUGACCAGUACGGCAAUGACCGUGAUCACCGGGGCCACCGUGACUACUACGACAGGCACUCGGACCCAAAGAGGCGACGCACCGACGACUUCCGCUCGCAGAACUACCACCAGGGCGGCGGCGGUCACCCGCAGGACUUCAGGAGGGUGCCGGACCACAGGGCCCAGCCCAACCACGGGCCCAUGGCCCCAGAACACUACCGGCCCUUCCACCCGGACAAACCGGGCGACUACAAGCCGCCCCCUCUCCUGGACCCCCGCUCCCCGCAGGCCCAGAGAUCCCCGCACGACUCGCGCUCGCCGCAGGAAAGGACCGCAGAGCCCAAAAACCCCACCGACUUCAACUGGAACAAUAGAAAGACAUGAGGGUGCCGCGCUCACCCAGUGGGGGCCAGACUGAGCGUGCUCACAACACGCUGGGGGAAUAAAAAAAACAGAAUAAAAAGGGAUGCAGGAGAACACACACAUAUACAUACACACACACACACACACACACACACACACACACGUGCGCGUGCUGAGUGUGCUGCUAAACAAAAGGCCAGUCCUGGCAAGACUUUCACUUCUCUUUGUUGUGAAGUUCUAGGCUCAACUUGCCAAUAAAACUGAAAGGUGGGAGAAACACAGAGAGGAUGAGAGCGCCGUUGACCAGCAGCUAGCCCCCCCCCGCCCCCCUCCGCCCCGUUCCCCACCUUUUUCUCUUCAUUGUUUGUGUGACUGUAGUAAUGUGAUGGGCACAGACUAAAAAUCAAAAGUGUAGUAAAAGGUAUUCUUGUGGAAAUGAGCUGAAAACGUGAGGAAUCAUGUUGAAGUCUGAAACACCUGUUAUUUUAACACGGUUAAGUUGAGCGCAAGCUCCCUUUGGGCAGGUAUGUGCUGUAAAGGAGUUGAAUUGUCAAGCUUGGUUAGUCCCAUGGACUGUUUAUGGGGGAGAGUUCAAUGCCUUCACAUUAACAAUUAGUCUGGAUUUGGAAUAUGAAAGUGCCUCAAACACUUGGCCUAUCUUUUGACAGAUAUUAAAUGUGUAGGGAUUUCUUCCCCCAACGUGGCAUUUUUUUAAAAUUUGUUUUCAAAAUAAGGUCACCUCUUGCUACCAAGUAUUGUGUAAAGCUGAGUACACUGACGUCAUCUGGGUCUUACAGAAGCUCAUGGCUUCUCAUGGCAGAGGCAAUGUGUAGGUUAUGAUUUGACAAAAACAGACAUUUGUCUUAAGUUGAUUAUUCUUGCUGGUAAAAAUGUGAGUGGGAGUGGGUUCUACCUUUUCAUGAAGUACUUCAUGUGAUCCUUGCUCUACGAGGAUAUUUCCCCUAACGUUUCAAGAAGGCCAACUUACUGAUCUCGGGGGGUAGUUACUUCUGUAAUACAGUAAUGAAAUCACACCCCCUGCCCUGUCAUGUCGUCAGUCCAUAGCUGUCAAAAACCCAGAGGUUAGCUGAUAAUGGCGAGUUACAUUUGCUCGGUCUCAUCAGUAUUUCAGGUUAAUACAGACCAUGUGCAAAUGAUUAAAACACUAUAAUUAAAAGUAAGCUAUUCUAAUUGACUUUUUCUUCUGGGUUUGUUGUGGAUGAAUAAUGUCAAUACAGGGCCAACAAAUCUAUGAGACUUGUGCAGCUGAUCUUGCACUACAAGUACAGUAUUCUACCUUUUCUGCUGAUUCUUAUGUAACAUGAAUCUACAAUACAGCAUAAUGAAAGAAAAUACUCCUUUUUUUCCAGUUCACAUAUAUAUUUUUUAAAGUUAAUAUAUGUAAAUUAUGCCUUUAAACAACCCGCAAAACCAUGAGAAUGCCAAUUGGUUUGUGUAAAGGUCUGAGUAUUGAUGACAAAAAAGGUUCCUUGGCUGUGAACAGUGAGGGUGAUGAUGAUAACACUUUGAGUGCCAUAUCACAAAUUGUCCUGUCCCGUUAACGAUUGUCCGACGGUGUAGUGUGCUUUCCAGCUGUGCCUUAUUCUUGUUGAAAGACUGUAUGUAUAUGUAAGUAUGGCUAUACAGAUAUUGUCAUCAUUGAACUCCAGAGAGGAAGCAGUAUUAAACCGCAAAAAAAGAAAAAAAAAUUUUCAGUCGUGGUAUGAAAUGCUUGUUCCGCCGAGAAUGUCAGCCGGGGGGAGGGAAGGCGGAUUUUGUUGAUCGUGUUUAAACUUUGAAAAGUCCAAAGAAUCGUGAGGAAGGAUUUCAUUGCACAGAAGAAGCGGCAGGCGACACGCCCCCAGAUAACUGGACAUCCACAACAAGGAGACAGGAGUCGGGGGCAGUGGACCCCUCUCCGUCUUUUUUUUUUUUUUUUUCUGGUUCCUCGAUUCCUCGGAUGUGUACUACUCUCUAAAGGAAACUUUGAAGAAACCAAUCUAAAUAAUUUAUAUUUGUGAGAA